AUGUCUAAAGUUCCCAGAAGUUUCAGGCUUCUCGAAGAACUGGAAAAGGGCGAGAAGGGCUUAGGACCCGAGUCUUGCAGCUACGGCCUGGCCGACAGCGACGAUAUCGCCAUGGUACACUGGAACGGCACGAUUCUCGGCCCUCCCCACAGCAAUCACGAAAAUCGCAUUUACUCGGUCGCCCUAGAGUGCGACGAGGGGUAUCCAGACCAACCCCCAAAAAUCAAGUUCUUAUCCAAAAUCAACCUUCCUUGCGUCAACCAGACCACUGGGGAGGUGGAAAGCGAUCGUUUCGAGACCCUCAAGAACUGGAAACGCUCUUAUACCAUGGAAACGGUACUUUUGGACUUACGCAAGGAGAUGGCUUUUCCUGCAAACAAAAAGCUGCCACAGCCUCCAGAGGGCAGCACUUUUUGA